GACUUGGAGAAAAGUUGCCCGCCGUUGCUGACCCAGGCCAUCCGAAAUCAAAACGUGCACAUCAUCAACUCCCCGAGCUACAGUCACCACCUCGAUUUCUCGCAUAUAGAACUGUCACACCCCUCGGUCGCAUGUAAACCACAGUCCGUGACUUUCCCACAGCGCCGCGCGCAGCUUGGGGCUCAGUAAUCUCACACCAUCUCGCGGAACACGGACACCGAGGCACGGAAAGAUGGCCGCUCACGAUAUACGCGACGUGCUCAACCUCCCGGCAGACGGCGCCGCGCCUCGGCCAUCAAAGAAGCAGAAGACUGGCGCGGCACGCCCCAACCUCAAAGGCUUGGCUAGAGAAGUGCAGAGCCUCGGCGGCGACAACCCGAUAGCGAUCGUGCCCGAGAUCUCGACUUUCAAGAAGAGGCGAUUCGGCAGCCGAAAGCCUGCGGCGAAAUGGGUCCUCUCGCCAUUCCAGAACUCGGCGCGAAAUGACGACCAGGCGCUGCUCCUGCGACACUGGAGGAAACAGACCGAGGACCUUUCGAGAGCGCCCUCCCAGCCAGAACAGCCACAGCCAGCGCCUGAUGGAGAGUCUGAAGAGCCCAGCUCUGCGCUUGUCGCUCGGCCAGUGGAGACGGAGGACUCGGCAUUCGCGAAGUUCAAUGUACAUGUGGACGUUCCCCAGUACAGCGAUGAUCUGUACGAGUCGACCUUGACUAGUGCGGAGUGGACGAAAGAGGAGACGGAUUACCUGUUUGAUCUUGUGCGCGACUUUGAUCUGCGUUGGCCGCUCAUCUGGGAUCGGUACGAAUACGCGCCUGGAGACGCGGGCAGGAAUGCGGACGGCGAAGAAGUCGACAUGGCACAGGCUAUUGUCCCGGCCGCGAAAGUGCGCACGAUGGAGGACCUGAAGCAUCGAUACUACGACGUGGCAGCCAAGAUCAUGGCCGCCCAGAAGAAACCGGAGCACAUGUCAUCGCCAGAGUUUGAUCUCUACCAAAAGAUGACGAGCUUCAACCCACAUAGCGAACUCCAGCGCAAGCGUUUCGCCGAGUCUUCGAUGAGCCGCUCUAAGGAAGAGGCACGCGAGGAGGAGAACCUGCUUGUUGAAGUGCGGCGCAUCCUGGCUCGCACCGAGAAGUUCAACCAAGAGCGCCGCGAACUCUACGACCGCCUCGACUACCCACAAGCCGAGAACGACAUCAAUGCUUUCAAGACCAGUGCCGGCCUACAGAACCUGCUGCAGACACUGAUGAAUGUCGACAAAUCCAAGAAACGCAAGUCCAUCAUGGAAGCCAACGCCAGCAAUGCACAGACACCCGCGUCGGCAGUACCACCGUCAGCUCAGGCGGCUUCCACACCGGCCUCAGAGGGCCGUCGUGAGAGUACUGUGGCGCCACCGACUGCUGGCGGACACCGAGACUCAGUCGGCAAUGCCGAUCGGCCGGAGCGACCUGCCAAGAAAGGUGCGCCAGCGGCGCCUCCGGCCGAGCGCAAGAAGCUCACAGAAGAAGAGGAGCGCAUUUACGGUGUAUCACAUCACGACCGCCUGCACACAGGCCCAACUUUCCGAUACGAGAAGAUCAACAAAAUCCUCACAACCAAGAGCCACGCUCAGCACCAGCGCAUCAUCAACACGCUGCUGGAGCUUGACAUACCCAGCAGGCUGAACAUGCCAACACGGCCAGUGGUUGAGGAAAUGGAGAAACUCCUGAACUCGAUCGGAGUCUUGCUCGACUUGCGCAAGGUAAACGACAAGGUGGACGGCGAGCUCAAGAUCGAGCUUGCCAAGAAGGCGGAGCGGGACAAAGCCAACGGCAUCACCACGACAGAGGACCCUGCAGCUGCAUCUACCGAGGACAAGAAGGAUGCCGAACCAGCUGCAAGCACUGAUGAUGCGGCCAAGCCAGACGGUGCAAACAAGGCCAAUGCCACUGAAGGCGACAAUGACCAGGAUGAGCAAUCACCAUUGGCCGACAAAGCGAGCACCAGUGUCACUGGAAAGCCUGAUGCUGGACAAAACGGGGAUGGCGUCAAAGAGGAGGCGGCGGAAGAGAAGGCCGCGCGGCCGAGCAGCAGCGGCGGCGGUCACAAGCGUAGCGCCAGCGAAAUGAGCACAGUGAGCGACAAGAGCGCGAAGCGACAGAAAAAGUAGCACUUGGAGGCAGAUGUAUCAAGAACCCUGGCCAAUGUUAUACCCAUCAGGCUUGUAGUCCAACGAGAACACUCUGUACAUUGAAAGUGCUUCAUAGAUGUUAAGCUCGGGGCCUCUAGAGACAAUUGGACUCAAUGCGCUCCGACAAGUCAGGCAGAAUUCCUGUUUGGGCUUUCAACAAGGGCUGGCCCACCAAGCAA